CACUCAGUGUUGUGUUCAAAUUGACGUUUGUGUAGGUGAGUGUACCGAUGUAUUACUACACAUUUAUAUCAGAAAUAUUAUAAAAUCAGAUCCUACUCAGUAAAUUUACUUACAUAGAUACUUUUUAUUUAAUUUAAUUACUUAACUGCUCUCUAUAUUCAGAACAAUCGUCUGAAGUCAAGCCAUGUUCAGUGAUGACAGUUGUCGAGGGACACUUUUCCGUCAGUCAGCUCGUGCACCAGGUCUACGGCCUCCACGUCAUCAGCUGCUACGAUCUGGACAGCUACGACGACCGCAACUUUCACAUCACUGGACAGCGACUACGACAACAAACAUGUUGACCAGCUCUGUCCUCAUGGCUACGUCCUGAAAGUUUUAAACUCGCUGGACUCCAGAAAACCAGAGUUGACAAGUUUGUAACAUUUCGCUUGUCUGAUGACAAAGUAAAGAACUGAUCAUCACUGAUGAUUGAUAUCUGACAGUUGUACUUGACUUCUGUCACAAGACUGUUUGACUGGCAACACCUGGCAGGUCAUGCCCUAUAAAUGUCAUAAAGAAACAGUAAAUUAAGAAUUGCUCAUUACUAGCUAAACACUCUAAUAAGUAUAAGUUGUCUUUUUUACAAGUCAGAGUUAUCGCUACAUUGUGUAUUCUAGUUGUAAAAACAUAAUUAGACGGAACAAGUUGCCAAAUAUAACUAUAUACUAAAAACUUAAAUUAUUUGAAGAAAUUAAACAAUAUUAUAGAAAUGGAAUGACAUCGAUAAAUAGUAUGGUUUAUAGUGCAAGUAACACAGGUGCAUGGUGAGAGAAAUAAAUAACAAACAACUGCCAAGACUGUGGUUGUGAUGACUGUUUGGACACGACGAGACCAGUGGACACACACGUAGUGCGGUUGUUGGAUUAUCUUCCCGGAAACACUCUGGCUUCGCAAACACUGACACAAGAAUCAUUGAGAAGUGGAACCUUGAGACUGCGCCCCACCUACUGCACAUGACACAGUCAGUGAAGGACACGGACAAGAUGGACAUUUUAUCACAAGUUCUCAGAACCUUCAAUGUGCAAGUGUGGCAACGAGAAACAAAGUUUCAGUCUGGGAUAAUUCACAGCGAUUUCAAUGACCACAACAUACUAGUCCACACAACACCAGACUUGCCAUCACAAACCCACGUGUGCGGCCUGCUGGACUUUGGCGACUCAACACAAUCUUUGUAUGUCUUUGAGGUUGCUAUAGCAAUGGCUUACAUGAUGCUCAAAACUCCUGAAGGAUGGAGCUGUGAUGAAAUGGCUGGUCACGUGUUGGCAAGUUACCUUUCCCAGCUGACGCAAGCAGAAGUAGACAUUCUGCCACUUGUGAUACUUGCCCGGUUUAGCCAGUCCCUCAUCCUUGGGUAUCACAUGAUUUCACUGGAUCCCAGCAACCAGUAUACCUUGGUCCACGCUCGCAAGGUUUGGCCUCACCUGCUCCACCUGUGGCAGCGGCCUGUAUAAACUACACUGAGUACCUGGAGACAAAUGGUUUUCAGAAGAAACAUUGCAUUUCGUGUAAUUAGCUGUUACCAGCUGAUCAGAAACAAUUGGAAUAAACUGACUAGGACAAGACAAUCUAAACAGAGGUAGCUGUACAAGGGACGAAAAUCUCUCAAGCGUUCUGAACUGCGUUCUGCUUCACAAUCGCGGUAACUAUAAUUUUAAAAUAAAUUGUUAUAUAUGACGCUUCUAUACAAAGUCUUGACUACUUUAAUAAUCUAUACAUACUGUAAACAGUGUGCUCAUGAGCAAUGGUGUUUCUGUCUCAGAAGUGUUCUAAUUAUACUUGCGUUUUCUUGCGUCUAUUGCUAUUUAUGAAGAACAAAUAUUCAAAUAAUCAACUUAAUCUCUUAACCUGCAUCAUUCUAGAUUUUCUCAUCGUGACAUUUUUAAUAUUUCCUCCUUUGGAAUCUUGACAGGUGUGCGGCCUCUUUUACUUUCUUAUAACAUACUAGCAAUCAUCAGGUUUUUUUCAACACAUCAGCUUUUAUCUUCUUUUACGAUUGCAUUGUAUGGUAUUACUAUUUUAUUUAUUUUUGCAGACAUAUUUUAAAAGUUAGACCACAUCUCAUUAUGUGCACGGAGUUCACAAUUAUUAACUUCUGGCUCUAGGUCUCACAGACCCCGUAUUUUUCUCACUGAAGUAUGCUGUUUGAGUCUGAAAUAUAGUAAAAUAGAAAGUUGUUAAAGAAUUAACUUCUGAACA